AGCCUUAAAACACUCCGAAAUGGAGAUAACUUCGCGGUCUUUUGUUCUAGUCGUGGUAUUCCUGUUGUGUAUUGAGACAAGCUAUUGUCGGUAUUACACGAGGGAGGUUAAAAAAAGCCUCCAAAAUCCUCUGAGGUAUGGGGAAACUGACAUAGUUUUUGUGCUUGAUACGUCCGGAAGGGUAGGUGGAUAUAACUUCGGGAGAGAAGUUACAUUUGUCAGAAACCUUCUCAACAAAAUCAACGUGUACAUGGACGGUGCUCAGGUGUCUCUCAUCCGUUAUGGUAAUGACGUGGAUGUGCUCAUACAUCAGAUUGGCUGUUGGCCUGGCAGUUCUAAGUGUGAAUUGCUACCCGCACUAAGUAGAGUCAGCUACACGGGCGGAUCGUCAAAUAUGGGGGCAGCACUGCAAAAGGCAAGAGAGCUUUUUGAAAGCAGUCGACCUGGUGCCAAGAAGGUAUUGGUGCUUUUGACCGACGGUCACUCGGAUGGAAAUGAAAACCCUGAUCAUCAGGCAACACUACUGAAGGCAACAGGAGUAGAGAUCUUCACCAUUGGCAUCGGAAGCUACGAUUACUCCGAACUACAGUCCAUUGCGUCACCUCCAUAUGCUGGUGUACAUGUUUAUCCGUACAAUAACUUCAAUGACUUCAAUGGUCUUGUACUGCAAAUACGAGGAGGUGAGAUGUUCAUUAAUUGCAAAGAUGCAUGA